CCUAACUUUUCAGGUUUUUUUCAGAGAUGGAGGAGUAGGCCUGGAUCUCUCCAGACUCCUGUUGUGUUGACUAGUGAUGCUUGUUGCAGCUGAGAUAUUAAGAUUUUAAAUAGUUCUGUGAUAACACUUGACCCUGACUAACUACUAACCAUCUGUAGCAUUAUUAUAACAGACAGAGAUAGAUCCAACCAUUCAUCAAGUAAUAGCAUGUAGCUUUGGCUGGUUUAUAGUAUCUCAGUACUACUGUCGGGUUCCCUUUAUAAGAGUUCAUAAGAUAGUAUAAGUAUAAAUACGAUUUGUUUGUGUUUCCAGGAUGUGGCUUAUUUUGUGGCUUUCUAUUUGUUAAUGAUUCAUCUUACAAACCAUUUCCAAAGGGAGUCAUAUUCAUACGAUAUAAUACGAUAUGAUACAAUUUGAUUCAAUAGAAUACUAUGGGAUUCAAUGUGGUACGAUAUACGUACAAUCUGAUACAAUAAGAUUUGAUACAAUGUGAUACUAUGGGAUUCAAUGUGGUACGAUAUACGUACAAUCUGAUACAAUAAGAUAUGAUACAAUGUGAUACGAUUAUCUAUAGUUCUAAAACUAAAAGAUACAUAAAAACGGUCUCCCUACUGAAUCUUUAUUAACUCGGCUACACAUCGGUGGUCGGUUUCUAGCCUAAUUUGGAACCGUGCAGCGGCUGACACAAUCAUAAUCUCCAAUUAAACCACAUUUAAAUCUGCUUUUGUGCCUUUUUUUGGUGCCUUAUUUUUCUCCAUCAAAACCCAUAAUUAUUUCCUGGGAAAAAUCCUGGAUUCAUCCAUUUAUCUAUAACCGCACCAAACUUUAAUGGCCCCUACCACAUCCUUCCACCAAAGUUUCGUGGUUCAAUCAGGUUGUUUUUGUGCUUUCUUGCUUAGAAACAAACAAACGCACAACAGGAAACAUAUGUAUAAAAUACCAUGUCUCCUGGCACAAGUAAAGGAGCUUAAACCUUCCUCUACAUCAACAGUAUCUGCAAAAAAAGAACCAGCUGAUUGUAAGGAUUGUAACAUGGGAAAUAGUGUAUGUACCACCAUACAUGGUUGUGUAGGGAACCCUGUUGCAACCAUUAAGUGUUUUCUAGGUGAAGUGUGGCAUUUUUAAAAGUGACACAGGAGAUGUCCUGCAGCAGUCAGACUCCUGAGCCUGCUCCCCAGAGUCACAAAGCCUCCAGGAAGUGAAACUGAUCCACACUGGCAUCAUUAGAGAAAUAUUCGGAGGGCUUUACUGUACGCUUGUACCCCUGGACGUAUCGUUUUUGUUUGUCUUGGCCCGCAGACGUGGACUGUGUUAUGCCUGUGCUAAGCCAAACAGACUUCGGAAUGGUGAAGUACGCCAAAGCACGCAAUGCAAAAUGUUUAAAGAAGAAAAAAAAAAAAGAACCUCAUACAGGGUUGAAAAGAGAAGCGAUGGGAAAUAAAGGGCUUCAGAUCGCACCAGGAGCAGCAAGCAGCUCUCUCUGCCUGAACAUUGAAAAGGCGUCUUUCUAUGUGGAUGGCUGAACCUCGCUUUAAUAAUCCGUAUUUCUGGCCUCCACCCACCGCGAUGUCUGGCCAGCUGGAUAACCUAGUCUUGAUCAAUAAAAUCAAGGAGCAGCUGAUGGCAGAGAAGAUCAGACCGCCACAUCUUCCCGCUGCCUCAGCACCUUCCCAGCAGCCCCAGCUGACUCCCUCCAGUCAGGUAGAAAGUGGCCAGCACGGGAUGUCCAAAGCCCAGCAGAUGCAAGUUCUCCAGAGCCACGGCAUAUCUCAGCCCGACAUCGCCCUGCACGCCCGUCCGACCUCCAGCUCAGUCACAGGUCGUAUUCUGGGGGACGUAAACUUGAAUCUGGACGAUAAGGCAGCUAUAAAAGCCAGAGGAUUAUGGGAAGACUGGCAUCUGCGCCAACUCAUUGAUCAUCCAUCCAGGACAAACCACGUCUCAGGUGUCGCGCUGGCGUCCAGAACAGGCAACCUCAACACCUCAGAAAUCAUCACCCCCACUACGCCCACUUCAAGCAGCCACAGUCGGCUGUGCGGAGCGCCGACCCCUCACCUCAUCUCAGGGUUAGCUAGUGGCCACAUGAUGGAGCUUGGGAAAAACAACGGGGGUCUUGUAGGACUCCUCGGGCCCCCUCCAAAAGAGGAGCGAGGCCGCAAGAGGAUCAAGGCAGAGAACGGGUCUUCGCUGUUGGUGGUGCCCUACCCGAUCCUCGCCUCGGGCAACGACCAAGCCUGUGUCACCAUCACUGCCAAAGAGGGAAAGACCUACAGGUGUAAAAUGUGUCCUCUGACUUUCUUCUCCAAGUCAGACAUGCAGAUUCACUCUAAAUCACACACAGAGGCAAAGGCUCACAAGUGUCCUCACUGCACCAAGACCUUUGCGAACAUGUCCUACCUGGCCCAGCACCUGCGCAUACACCUGGGUGUCAAACCUUACCGCUGUUCCUACUGUGAGAAAUGUUUCCGCCAGCUUUCCCACCUGCAGCAGCACACCAGGAUCCACACAGGCGACCGACCAUACAAAUGUGCCCAUGUGGGAUGUGAAAAAGCUUUUACUCAGCUCUCUAAUCUGCAGUCUCACCAGAGGCAGCACAACAAAGACAAACCUUUCAAAUGCUCCAACUGUUACCGUGCCUAUUCAGACUCUGCCUCGCUGCAGAUCCACAUGUCUGCACACGCCAUCAAAAAUGCCAAGGCCUACUGCUGCAGCAUGUGUGGCAGGGCAUACACCUCCGAGACGUAUCUCAUGAAGCACCUGGCUAAGCAUACAGUGGUGGAACAUGUGAUGUCCCAUCACUCGCCUCACCACAGGACAGAGUCUCCCAACCUCCCUAUACGGAUAUCCCUCAUCUGAUCUCCUCUCACGUCUCCUUCCUGAGAUAUGUCAGCAUUCCUCUGACGGACUUGAACCCAUGAGUGGGUUCUAAAAAUGUGCCAGAUUGUACUCAUAUCUUGUGAAGAGGUGCUCUUUUAAUGAGCGUGUCCUCCUUUCCUUUCUUGCUGACCAGAUAGUAUUAUUGGGGACAUCCAAAGAUGACUUCUCAGCACUUUCGGGCCUGGAAACGACAGGCCCAAAAUGUCUUUUUCUAUAUGAUAGUAAAGUGGUUUUGCUCUUGGCAGCUACAUGGAAAAUCUUUUUUAACUUUCUGCGUUAUAACAGAUCACUUUGUCUUUUUUAUAUGGCCCUUUAUUUUCUUUACCCAAGUCUUAACAAAAAAAUAAAAAAAGGUAUUUGCAGCAGAAAUAGUCUUCCGUUAGCCCGGUGACCAAGUGAACAGAAAGAUGAAUGCUUAUACGAUGGAUUUGUUAUUGUGCCACUUGUCCACUUCUGUCAAUGUUUCAAUACCUCACAAUCACGUGGCCAUAAUAAACACAUAAAUGACAUGUUAACGUUUAUUUUCAGUAAUUUUCACACUGGUUUCAUCUUUACCAGGAAGUGCGACCCGUAAAUGAGGUGGAUGGAUGUUUUUAUUAGCAUGUAUAAUCGUCAGUGUUAGAAGAAAAUGCUAAAGGAAGACACAAGUAUUCAGUUUAAUAUGACUGAGUGAAAAAUGAAAUAAAAUAGAAGCACAUUUAUAAAUGUUUUCAUGUAAGACACCGAAAGCUAAAUUAGAUCAAUAUUAAUAAGUUAAAUUCUCGAUUAAAAAUCAGGCAAAACUCCUGAUUUUUAACAAUUUAAUUUCCCAACAAUGAAUGAUGCACUUACACUACUUCUGUUUACUUUGUAUUUAUUUGGAUAUGCAAAUAAAUAAAUGUGGUUUUAAGUUACCACCACUCUGCUGCUGCCUCAUGAAUAAGCAUCUAUAAUGAGGUACCUCUCUGGGGUCUUCAGCUAUAAUGUUUAAUGGCGGCAUCAACCCUGUUUGAAUAAUAUUGUUGUUGUUUUAUGAACAAACACGUUGCCAUUUUGUGCAUUUAAGCCUUAACUUUGUUACAACUCUAGGAUCCACUCAUUUGUUUUAUCAUUUUACAUUUGCCUUUUAUAUCAUAGCAUGAUAUACACUGUAAAUGAACUAUAUUAACUGUCAGCCCGUUUUAUAAUAAAUCAUUCCAAAAGAACAGG